GCCUACAAGUCUAUGACCGGGCUACUAGACGUGUGAUACAGUGCCAUCAUCCUAGGGCCGUAGAGUCCCAUCCCAUCAGAGCAGCAGAGACAAAGAAUGAGAGGGCAAAUCAGGGCAUCCUACAGGCCUUCCGUUCGGUGGCUCCACUUGCUUCUUCUCUCCCUCCUCCGCCUUCCCGUGGUAUCCAUGCUUGCUUCUUCAAGUUCCAGCAACACAUCAGCGUUGUGAGCCUUGAGUACUACUCCCUUCCGGCCUGCAUUGCAGUGAGACAUAAGUAGGCGGCGAGAUGAGCAAUUCCUGUGAGUGCUGCAAGAGAUACUGGACUCAUUUGCAUGGAAAGGUCAAGUGUUUCUUCACGCACAUGGAUAGACACUCUAGGCAUAGCAUGGUCAUACCAGAGAGAUUUGUGAACUAUUUCGCGUGGAAGCUGUCAGGAACCAUUGAACUAGAAGCCCCCAACGGCAAUGUGUACGAUGUUGGAAUUACUGAGCGUAGGAACAAAACAUUACUCAGAUCUGGGUGGGAGGCGUUUGUCGAUGCCAACCAUAUAGUAGAGAACGACUCAUUGAUGUUCCGAUACCGUGGAAGUUGUCGCUUCAAGGUUGUGGUCUUUGAUUCUAGUGGUUGUGAGAAAGUGGUGUCCUGUGCUCGCAUACUGACCAAUAUUAGUGAUCAAGAACCAAGCACAAAUUCUGCAGACAUUUCGACCAGUUUCAGUGAUGGUAAUACUCCUUCGUCAGCACGAGCACGAUCAGAUGAUUGCCAGAGUGGAAGCUCAGGCCACCGUAGAAAACGAGCAAAGAAAGAUGUGAUAUCUUAUCCUUCGGAGGGAGAAGACAGUCCAGAUGAGCACAAGUCAUCUGAAUCCGAAGAUAUUGAACAUAUUCGAUUAACACCCGAGCAUGAUGAUACAGACCCCUGCAUGAUGCCAAUGGGUACCCGUCUAACGCAAGUGCAGGAGAAGAAAGUUCUAAAGAAAGUAGGAGCCAUUGCAUCCGAUCUGCACAUCUACGUCGCAGUCAUGACCAGGCGCAUUGUCCUCGUCUCCCUAACCUUCGCCACACAAUACUCUGAAACGUACCUUCGGAAGGGGAGCCGGAGUUUGGUGCUUCAGGCUGAGGGGAAGAGCCAGCGAUGGCAUACUGAGUUGCACGACACCAAACGGACCCUGAGGAUAUGUCGAGGCUGGACUUCUUUUGCCAGAGACAACAACCUGCGGGAGAGGGACAUCUGCCUCUUCGAGCUAAUGAAAAACGAGGGGGAGCAGAAGAAGAUGAUGGUCUAUAUCAUUCGCCGUGAGCGUUGCUAGUUUCACGCUCUUGACAAGAGGCAGAGAGGUCUCUGCUCUUUGUGCUGGCAUUUUGUAUGUUGCUGAUGGGGCUCUUUGCUGCUUUUGUGAUCUGGAAGUAGAACUAUGGGCAUGGCCACUCUGGAAUGAGUAACAAACCUAUAUCUGCAUGGCAAACUAGAAACUUAGUUUUAAACAUAAACAGGUUGUGAUUUCUUUCUUCAGUGGCAGCCCUAUUUUGUGGCAUGAAUUUAAACUAGUUGUGCUGACAACGUUUGUAUGAGGAAGCCACUUAAUUGUUUGUAUCCUCUGAAGUUUGUUGAACUCAUGAUGCCUAGUUUCUUAGUUCACUUGUGUACUUCCCUUGGGUUGAUGCAAAUUCAGUGCAUAUCAGAAUGUACUCUACUCACUACGGUAAAUCCAACCACAAAGAAUAUCCAGGAAUUAGUGAGACAGCAUUCAAGAAGAAGGACCGAGUGGAAGAUCGCAAGACAAUUCGUCUGGAUGGAUGGCUCUUGUCUUCAAUGUCACUUCUAUUUUAUUUUAUUUCCUUUUUGGCCUAGACAU